CCCGGGGCAGCGAGUACCGGGCUAACGUGCUCCCGAAGCCGGCUACCCAGUGUAGUCUCGCCCGGGCCGACAGGCUUCAUGGCGGCCCAGCCAGUGUCCCGGAUGCUGCGGCGGGUCCUGAGGUUCAGCGUCCGGAGCUGUAGCUCGGGCGCUCCGGUGACGCAGCCACACCCCGGGGAGCCCUCCCAACCUGCCGUGGAGCCCCUGUUGUCGCAGGUGCCGUCCGGACGGAGGCGGUUCCUGAGGGAGCAUGCAGCCCCCUUCUCUGCCUUCCUCACCGACAGCUUCGGCCGGCGUCACAGCUACCUGCGGAUCUCCCUCACUGAGAAGUGCAACCUCAGAUGUCAAUACUGCAUGCCCGAGGACGGUGUCCCUCUGACCCCCAAGGCAGACCUGCUGACCACAGAGGAGAUCCUAACCCUGGCCCGCCUCUUUGUGAAAGAAGGCGUAGACAAGAUCCGACUCACGGGCGGGGAGCCGCUCAUUCGGCCGGACGUGGUGGACAUCGUGGCACAACUCCACCAGCUGGAAGGGCUGAGGACCAUUGGCAUCACCACCAACGGCAUCAACCUAGCCCGGCUGCUGCCUCAGCUUCAGAAAGCUGGUCUCAGUGCCAUCAACAUCAGCCUGGACACGCUGGUACCAGCCAAGUUUGAGUUCAUCGUCCGCAGGAAAGGCUUCCGCAAGGUCAUGGAGGGCAUCCACAAGGCCAUUGAGCUGGGCUACAGUCCUGUGAAGGUGAACUGUGUGGUGAUGCGAGGCCUGAAUGAGGACGAACUCCCGGACUUCGUGGCCUUGACCGAGGGCCUUCCCCUGGACGUGCGCUUCAUAGAGUACAUGCCCUUUGACGGCAACAAGUGGAACUUCAAGAAGAUGGUCAGCUACAAGGAGAUGCUGGACACCCUCAGGCAGCAGUGGCCGGAGCUGGAGAAGCUGCCGGAGGAGGAAUCCAGCACAGCCAAGGCCUUUAAAAUCCCUGGCUUCCGAGGCCGAGUCAGCUUCAUCACGUCCAUGUCUGAGCAUUUCUGUGGGACCUGCAACCGCUUGCGAAUCACAGCUGAUGGGAACCUCAAGGUCUGCCUCUUUGGGAACUCAGAGGUAUCUCUACGGGAUCACCUGCGGGCGGGGGCCUCUGAGGAGGAGCUGCUGAGCAUCAUCGGGGCUGCCGUGGGCAGGAAGAAGCGGCAGCAUGCAGGCAUGUUCAGUAUUUCCCAGAUGAAGAACCGGCCCAUGAUCCUCAUCGAGUUAUUUUUGAUGUGCCAAGAUUCCCCACCAGCCAUUCCAAGCAUCUCCUUCAGGGACUCCCUCCAUGUUCAGGGUCUGAGACACAGAGUGAGUUUCUCCAGCCAGAUGGUGACUUUGUGGAAAGGGGGCCGGCUCCCCCAGAUCCCUCUCCUCGCCCAGCGGUGGCUGGGGUCUGGCCUCCCUCAGAGACAUUACGGUUCCCACCUCGACUCAGAUGCCAACCCAAAGUGCCUUAGCCCAGAGCCCCGGGCUUCUGCCACCCCCUCAGGACCUCUGCCCACCUCAGACCAACUGACCCACGUGGACAGGGAAGGACAGGCGGCUAUGGUAGACGUGGGUGGGAAGCCAGACACAGAGCGGGUGGCCGUGGCCUCAGCCGUGGUCCUCCUGGGGCCUGUGGCCUACAAGCUCGUCCAGGAGAACCAGCUAAAGAAGGGAGACGCCCUGGUGGUGGCCCAGCUGGCAGGCGUCCAGGCGGCCAAGCUGACCAGCCAGCUGAUCCCCCUGUGCCACCACGUGGCCCUGAGCCACGUCCAGGUGCAGCUGGAGCUGGACAGCACGCGCCACGCCGUGGUGGUCCGGGCGUCUUGCCGGGCUCGGGGCCCCACUGGGGUGGAGAUGGAGGCCCUGACCUCCGCUGCCGUGGCCGCCCUCGCCCUGUAUGACAUGUGCAAGGCCGUCAGCAGGGACAUCGUGUUGGCGGAGAUCAAGCUCGUCAGCAAGACCGGGGGUCAGCGGGGGGACUUCCAUCGGACGUAGAGCUCCUGCCCUCUCUCACCCCUGGCCCAGCAAGGUCAAGAGAUGGGAUGCGAUUUCAGCCGAGGGAAAGAUGUCAAGUUCCUUUCACCCCGUCACCAGUUACCUUCAACUGGUAGGAACCCCAGGUCAGCCCACCCCUCCACUGCUCGAUGACCUACACUGACCUGCGAGGUUUCCUUUCUUCCGAGAGGAAACCAGCAGGCCCGUCAGCCUUCCUAGACCCUCACUAAGGUCGUGGGAGGGGGCUGGCCGCAGCGAGCAAGGCUAGAUAACCCCAAAAUCACAUUGAGUGACUUGUGGACUCUCUCCGACAGUCGAGCCCAUAAUCUCCCCUUCUCUCUUGGGUUUUCUCUUCUCCUUCCUUCCCCGGGAGGGAACAAGGGCUCCUAAGCAGGAGCCUCGUGGGCCGCAGCCCUGAGGCCUCCUGGCCAAGCACACCUCCCACACCUGCCCCACGCACGGCCUUUCCACCUGCACCCCUUUGUCCUGGGACACACCAGGGGAGAAGGAGCGAUGGAGCUCGCCUUCACCCUCACAGUGCACAAAAUAAAGCCACGAUGCCCAUUUGGGGGA